GGCUGGGUGAACACUGCAUUUCUGCAGAGUGCAGACAUGGUCAGUGACAGUCACUGCUCAGCAGGAAACCAGGAAAGAGAGACCUGCUCAGACAAAAGCUCACAUCUCACAGCUCUUUCACAAAAAAAUACUGAACUAAAGUUACAAAUGGAGAACAGCAAACUGCUCCGACUCAGCAGAAGUGCCUACUGGACUGAAGAAUUUUAGGGCUGGAUUUCACAGAGAGCACAUAUUUGGAGUCUGUGGAAUGUUAAAAGCCAGCUGUCACUUCAUUCAUGCAAAUGCUCAGCAGCGAACACCAGUGGAUUUUUAGCACACCCCCAAGCAACGCUGGAUUUCUGCAGGAUCAAUCAUCAUUAAUCGUCAAUACUCCAAUGGAUCUAAUCUUUGAAAACUACAAUUCAUUUUUACAGAUCCACUGAUUUCAACAGGUUUUAUUGCGCAUUUUUGUGGUCGCUACAGUCACUCCUGGACUACUCGAGAUGCUGGAUUGUUCUUGUUUACAGUAGGUGUAAUCCACAGUUAGUGUGAAGUGCAUUCUAUAGGAUUACAGCCUUAUCACAUGAAACAGUGAAUGCUGUGGGGUCUGAGGUGGAUAAUAUACACAAACACUGCUGCUUUCAGAGCCAGCAGCAGGUGGCUUUAGUGUAUUAUUUGAGAUCUGCCCAACUUUUUGGUCCAGAUGUUCCUCAACACAGUGCUGGUGGUCCUGACAGACCUGGCAGCCAGGUUCCUGGGCACCGCCUUGUUCCGGCGGCACUUCCACUUGUUGUUGUCAGCACUGGUGAUGUUUGGGCCCAUGCUGAGUCUUUGGGUAUCUCACCACAGCAUCUUUGCCAAGAGAAGCCACUUCCUGUACAGGAUGUUCUUGCGCUCUGGUUGGGGUUGGACCUGCGUCUUUGUCGGCUCUUUCGUUUUCCUCCUCUCCUUUUCCAUCCGUCGUUCCCUCUCUCUCUCAAUCCGCCACCUCUCAAGGCUUGGGGUGGCUGGAGGACUGUGGCUUGGUUUCUGCAAACUCUUGGACCUCUUGGAGAAUGCCACAGGAAGCUGCUACGAACCUUUACAAGCUGGCCCAGUGGUCGCCAACGAGCAGCCUCUGCUGGUGCUGCGAGAGGGGGAGAGCAAGUCUGAGUGCCUGAAAGCCGGAAUGCUGUGGAGGGGAUAUGAAGUUUCUGAAGACAUCUUCCUCCUCUGCCUUUGCUGCCUGCUGCUGGCAGAGGAAACGGCCGUAUUUGGACCUUAUUUGAACCUUGGGGGAAUCUCAGAUGCUCCCCUGAGAAUCCUCUUUCUGUUCUGUGUUCUCCUGCUUGGGCUCUGGGUCUUCUUGCUGCUCUGUCUCUUAGCUUACUUUCCUCAGUUCCCCACACAGCUGCUGGGGGGUGCUCUAGGCUGUCUCAGCUGGAGAGGACUGUAUCAGGGCUGGUACCGCCUGGGGCCCAGCUGGUACUGCCCCGGGAGGCCUGGUCUGGGGCUACUUAACAUAAAGGCUAGCAGUAGUGAGGCAGAGGAUGAUCACUGUAAUUAACUAAAAAAAAAAAAACAUUUGAGAACUAAAUUUAAAUUAAAUGAAUUCCAAAGAAACAGGUGGGCAAAGUGGGCUCUCAGAGCAGCUUAAUUUUUUUUUAUGUAUGCCAUGGAAGCAAAUAUGUUUAUCUUUUCUGUUAUGUUCUGUCAGUUACAACAGAUGGCUCCUGUCUGUUCUUUCCCUUGAGAUGUACGCUAGAACUGUGUGUAGAACUGAAAGCAUUUUUAGAGACACUGGAUUGGUUGUUUGCUCACUUUCUGUUUUUUUCCAGAUUUUUUGUUGUUGUAUUUGUUCCAA